AUUGCUGUUGGUGAAGCUGGGGAAGACUGCUGGCUUUGUUCAAUGCCUGAACUCUGAGUUGCAUAUUCUAGUUACCACGGUUACUGUGCUCAGAAAACAGAGACAGCUCUAGGGGAAAAACACCCAGUAUUCGGAACAUAGGUCUCAGGAACACAUAAAAGACUACACGGCCUCCAGUACUAAUGGAAUGAUCUGGCUGCAACACUUGAAGCAUGUGGGAUUCUAAAGGAGAGAUGGUGACUGAGCAAGUGAAAGGCAAGAAGGAUAAGGUCGUCCACCUGAAGCAGAAGAUCAGUCUGCUGCGCGCUGUCUCUUUCAUCAUUGGCACAGUGAUAGGCAGUGGCAUCUUCAUCGCUCCUAAAGGCGUGCUCAUGAAUUCUGGCAGCGUGGGGCUGUCCCUACUGGUGUGGGCACUCUGUGGAGUCCUCUCCACCUCUGGUGCCCUGUGCUAUGCUGAGUUGGGUACUAGUUUUAAAAAGUCUGGUGCCCAUUACACAUAUUUGCUUGAGACCCUCGGGCCACUUCCAGCCUUCCUGAGGCUCUGGGCUGAGAUCAUUUUUAUCAGAGCUGCAGUGGCCUCUUAUGUGUCACUGGCCUUUGGACGCUAUGUAGUAGAGCCCUUUUUCAUGCCAUGCUUGGCUCCUCCUGCACUGGUCAAACUGGUCAGCAUCCUGGGAGUAUCAUUUGUUGUGCUGAUGAACUGCUGGAACGUGUCGUUGGCCUCCCGUACCCAGGUCACGCUCACUUUCAUCAAGCUCUUUGCUCUGAUUCUUAUCAUCGUCCCAGGCAUCGUGGCCUUGAUCAAGGGACAAACUGAAAACUUUCAGAAUGCUUUUCACUCCGAGUCUCUCACCCUGACAAAGCUUCCUCUGGCCUUCUACUCUGGGCUCUAUGCCUAUGGUGGAUGGUUCUACUUAAAUUUUGUGACAGAGGAGGUUAUCAAUCCAAACAGAAACAUUCCACUGGCCAUCAUGUUGUCGAUGGUCACAGUUACCAUAUGUUACGUGCUGGUUAAUGUGGCAUACUACACUAUAAUGACUGGUGAUGAGCUGCUGAUAUCUGAUGCUGUGGCUGUGACCUUUGCCAGCCGAACUCUGCAGGGUGUGGCGUCUGUUGUGCCCAUUCUAGUUGCCAUGUCCUGCCUUGGGGCUCUCAAUGGAGGGUUCUUUGCCGCACCUAGAAUGAUAUUUGUGGGAGCCAGAGAGGGACACUUGCCAGCUCUCUUUUCCAUGAUCCACAUACGAAGAAAGACACCUGUACCUGCUGUACUGUUGCUGUACCCUCUGGUCGUCAUCAUGGUAGCAAAAGGAGAGAUCUUUCAACUAAUCAACUUCGCCUCUUUUUCUCGCUGGUUCUUCAUUGCGUUGGUGACACUGGGGCUACUUGUCCAUCGCUAUCGAUUUCCAGACCAUCCAAGACCAUUUAAGGUACCUCUGGCUAUAGCCGUGAUCUUCACUGUGGUGUCUUUCUUCAUUGUGGGUCUGUCUUUGUAUUCGGACCCUUGGACCACAGGUUGUAGCUGUGGUCUCACCAUCUCUGGAGUACCAGUGUACUACAUGGUGAUAAAACACCAAUAUAUACCAGCUCGCUGGAAAAAAGCCUUCGAUCACUGCAGCAGACAACUUCAGAUCCUGUUGGAGGUGGCCCAACAGGAGGUUCAGACCUACUGAUCUUAAAGAUUCUGUCCAUCACACCUGAAAUAUUGACUUGUUAUAUACAAGUAACACACUAUUCAAUGCUGAUUACAAGAUCAGCAUACUCACAUACUCAAAUACAACAAACUGAAAUACUGAAAAAGUGGAAAGGUUGCUGGCCCUCGAUACAUUGACUAAAGUUCAGCAGGAAUAAUGUAGAAAGUAACGAUUUCAUGUACCACUGAUCUUUAUCCAAAGUAAAAAAUUUAUUUUUUUAAUCUGUUGAAAAAAAGAACAAAGAUAAACAUCCUGAGGAAGAAUUUAUUCAAUAUGCAAUAUACAGUAGUUAUCUUUAUAAAGGACAAUAGAUGAAUGGCAUUUUAAAAUCUUUAAUGGAAACUUAAAUAAAACAAUAUGCAAAUGUUA